AUGAAAUCCCUACAGUGUGCUGAUGCACCUAAGCCUAAUUGUCCUCGUCCUUGUCCUGUGAAAAAGGCUGUGAAAGACCCAGAGACCACUGACUUGACUACAGCUGCCAAUAAGGCUGUUGGCGCUAUAGGCAAUGGUAGCAGGGCUGAUAAAUCAGCAGCUGGUGCCAAUAUUGAGCAUCCUGGGAGUGAAGAAGAUGAGAAGUUGGAGGUGCAGAUGCCAGGAGCAAGCAAAAAGAAGGGAAAGAGGAUGGUGAUACCAGUGAAAACCCCUGUGAGAGAUGUGAUUGAUGUGGCAGGUGCCCUUAUUGCCAAUAAAUCAACACAGGCAUGUGAUGAUGAUAAGUCAUCUGACUCAGAUGUGACACAAAUUUGCAUUGGAAAGCCAUCCUCCAAGUCCAACUUGAAGCACUGUGAUAGAGCUUCCGGAGUGCCUUCUACUAUCUCUAGUGCCACUCCCUCCUCUAAGCUUACUAGGGGGAGCACUAUGAGUAGUGGUGGUGCCUUACUCAUGCCUAUUGAUACUCCCAAUGCUUGGGCCAAUGAUGUGUUGGAUCUUUUUACAACUCUGUUUGCAGACAGCAAAUUAACUGAUUCAGUUAAGCACUCUCAAGCACUCACUUGUAUGUCAAAAUCAAAGGCUUCUCAGGGUGUCAAAAUUUCUCAGAUGGUCUCAGAGAAUUCUCAACUUCAAACAAAGUUAGCUCAUCGCAGCGCCAAUCUGGCACCCAAGCAGCUUGACCCGAUUGAGCCUGAUGUCACUGCUGUUACAAACUCAGGUGGAGUGUCAUUCCAAUAA